AUGUCUCACAAUAUAAUAGCUGAUAAUCAGGCCUGUGGAGAUCAGUAUGAGGCUUGUAAAGAACUCCUCCAAUCAUCGUUACCAAGGAACGAUCCUUCGUUAUAUGAUAUUCUUCCCAAACAGCACGGAUUUGUCCAGACGGUCUUGGAGGCAUACAAUAAGCACCGAUCUCUGAUCAUUCGGCCUGAUGAUGUCUGGCUCGCCAUCCUCGUUCAGUUUAACUUUUUCGUAAACGGCAAUGCCGAGUUGUUGCGCAAACAUUUCGUUAGCCACGAUGGGAAAAGGGAAUUGGGUAUAUCAGCCGUUGGUGGCAGGUAUUCAAUUGAUUUUGGUGCCAUAUCACGACAGAUGACUGAACUUAUGGAGGAAAAUAUCGUGGACCCCAGCCUUCGCGAUUGGAUAAUGCCACAGUUCUCCACAACUACACUCACCGACACCACUACAUACGCGAUGGUGAUGAUGGCAACGAUGAAGGAGUAUUUUGAUUAUGGGAUCUAUCUGAUGUGUGGAAUUCCCCGUGUCACGCUUGAAGGCGAGAAACAAGAUUGGGAGAAUAUUCUUACUCGCCUGGAAAGAUUGAAGGAGUUUGGAGUACAAACCAUUGCGUGGUAUCAUAUGUUGCGUCCUAUCAUCACGCGAUUUAUUGCCGCGUAUGAUAAUCCGGACGGUCAGGAGAAUCGGAAGUUCUGGAGCAAGGUUGCGCAUUAUGAAAGUUUUGGAAGUGGUCCACCGACUCUUUCGGGAUGGAUUACCGCCUUUUGUGUCUUCAAUGAAGAGGGUGCAUGGAGAGGCACUGUAUUUAAGGAUGAUCCUGAACAAGGUGUCGACCAAUCGAGAGACAAUCUCAAGUCUACAAAUCCCGAGUCGCUCAGUCCAAGUCAGUUUGCUGCUAUGUACACUUUGAAGUAUAAUAGGGACGAUCGUCUUAAGCUCGACGGUUUCCCUUAUCCCUCCAUUGACAGCGACAGAAUCCCGCCUGGUUACGCGCAUGUGGACGUCAAACUCGACGACAAUGGUCAAACGUUUGAUACUGCUUUUGUUGCGGGUUCCAUCGGCUCGCAGAUACUCUCAAAUGGGAGAAAAACUCGUGAUAGUGUACAGCCAGUCACAGCCUGGUGGUACUUUAUCAAGAAUUGA